AUGUGCAAGAUACUUGGGGAGAAAAUUACCUCAGAAUUCAAAGAUAUUCUGGCAAAAUUCCAGCGGGACACAGGGCUCACCAAAGGAACAGACUUGGGUAGAGAGAUGGUAGCCAGGCUGGGACUGGGACUGCUGCUUCUGUGACUGCUCCUACCCACGCAGAUUUAUUCAAACCAAACAGUUGCACCAUUUUCAACUAACUCCUCCCACAGUACCUCUGCUGUCCCACAUUCACUUUUCACCACCACCAGGGCACAAGACAGUGCCCUGCAGUGGGCAGCUGGUCUUCUCAUGAUUUUGUUCUCUCUUCUACGUCUCUACUGUUAG